AUGGCGACUGAUAGCUUUGAAACUCAUCAAGAUUCUUACCAAAACAAUGGUGAAAAUGGAGGUAAUCUUGAUCCUUAUUUCAUAGCUAAUUCAGACAGUCCAACUUCUUCUUUAGUUUCUGCUGUUUUCAAUGGUUCGAAUUUCUUGCGAUGGAAAAGGAAUGUUAUGAGAGCAUUGAUAGCUAAAAACAAAGAAGGUUUUGUGAAUGGAGGAAUUAUCAAACCUGCUGUGAAUCACAAAGAUUAUUGUAAGUGGAAACGUGCUGAUUUCAUGGUAGUGAGUUGGAUUUUAAGCUCUAUGAACAAUGAGUUAGCAGAUGAUUUUGGAUACAUUGAUAAUGCUGGAGAAUUAUGGAAGGAAUUAAAUGAGAGGUUUGGACAGUCCAAUGGACCUUUGAUCUAUCAACUGAAGAAGGAAAUUGAUAGUUUAAAACAAGAUAAUAUGACUAUUGUUACCUAUUAUGGUAAGUUGAAGAAGCUGUGGGAAGAAAUGCAGAGUUUGAGGGCAUUUCCUACUUGUAUUUGUGGUGCUUUGAACGGCUGUAGUUGCCAAAUCUUGAAGAAAAUAGCUGAGUUUGAAGAAGAAGAUAGAAUGAUGAAGUUUUUGUUAGGGUUAAAUGGAGGAUUUGAAGGAACUGUGACAAAUGUGCUAUCCAUGGAUCCUUUACCAAGUAUAAACAGAGUUUUUGCUAUCACUCAACAAAUAGAGAAGCAGAAAGAAGUCAGUGGUGCAGCUGUUGAGGCUAGUGCUAUGAGUAGCAGUGCUAUGGCUGCUCAAUCAUACAAAGGUGAUCAAUCUCAGAGGUUUGCUGGUGUAAAGAAAGACUGGAAAGAGAUAAAGAAAGAAAAAAUGCACAAGAUAUGCACACAUUGCAAAGGUAAGGGGCAUACUGUGGAUCAAUGUUUCAAGCUCAUAGGCUAUCCUGAUUGGUACAACACAAUUAAGGCCUCAAAAGGGUCACAGUAUCAAGCAAAUGGAAGCAGACUUGUUGCUAAUGUAAACUCAGCUGCUGAUGUUGGAGAUAAUCCUCUUGAUGAUCAGUUGAAUGGUUCUAGGUUUUGA